CUGCGGGACGACGCCUUGCUUUUGAAUAAUGGGGGGCGGGGGAUUCCUCGCGGCGAGCAUGCGAGGAGGAUGAAUCGCUGGUCGUCGCCAAUAAAGUGCUCUGGCGCUUGCCUGUUUGUGCCGCUCCACUCUGCAUCGGAGCUUCUGAAUCUCUGACGUGUUGAUCGUGGAUUGCGGGUUGCGGUCCUUCGCCGUUGGAUGACUGCCGUCCCCACCGUGCCCACUUCGCGCUCUGCUCAGGCGCUGGCGCAUCGAGGGUCCGUGUGCAGCUCGAAACACCACUCCACUGUCCAGUCUCCCACUGUCCAGUCUCUUCCCGCCUCAGUUGGCUUCCUUGUCGCAGCCGCCCGUCACUGUCAUCGCUGUCGGUCACGUUUGGCCGGCGUUUCGUAUGUGCUUCCCGCAGUUGGCGACGGCCCUACCCUAGCCGCCCAAACAAACUUUGCCCACCGAUCGCAGAGGCGCGUGCUCCAUCACGCUCUCCCGCCGUCGCAUCCCAUGCCCAUGUGCGAGCUGCACGCUGCCUGCACCUCUUCAUCACGGCUGCAUGGUUCCAAGCGGCCAACUCGACGCCCGCGACUCAUGACCUGCGUUUGUAUCGCAGCCACGCCUGGCAGACCUUCCAUUUUGCCGCGAGAUCCAGUCCCGGUUUUCUGCUCAACAAGCGCCAUAUACGCAGCUGACACGCCCACCGAAUACGAAGAUCCAAUCUCAGUCCAGGCCGCUCGUUUCCCCCUUCUAGCUUUAGCACAACGCUUGCGGUGUACAACAUGUGUUCCGAUACCAUGCAGUGUUCGGCCAAAUGCCCGUUUCCAGUAGACUGUGUUGUCUCCUCCUGGUUAAAGGCGUGAACCAGGCUGAUGGUUUGGUCUCGGCGGGUAUGCACAUGUAUGCGGUGAGGAGCUACGCGAGCAGCUACACAUGUGCAGAUAGCACGAGGCUUGCAGGAACUAUCUCACCGACUCCCGCUGAUCUGCUAGUACAGUGAAGGCAAGGGCCUGUAUCACCACGUGGAUGAGAUGGUGCCUUCCAUACGCAUUAUGCGACGAAAGCUUGCAAGCGAGUUACGGGACUGUGCCAACCUAUUCAGCUCUUGCCUGUCAAGUGCGGCGUCACAGGGCUGAACGAUACUAUACACCUCGCCGAAGACAAUUCCUUCCGCCCGGUCUCCUACGGCCCGACCUCGACGUGGA